AACACAAAGGCCUCAAACCCUAAUUCCCCUGUCUCCUCUAAACGGGAAUUCUUCGGCUUUCAGGAAUUAUAGACAUACUAUGAUCGUUAAGCUCUUUCCACAACUCCACUUUGUCAAUUCAUAUUUUCCAGUCGCGGGGCACCCACCCAUGAAAUCUUCCAUCCCUGUUUUGUCUCGGAUAUUCCCUUAUAGACUUAGAUAUCUCGGUUUUGGCUCUCAUUCCUAUUCACAGCUUGGAUUUCGUCGAUUCUCCACUCGGCCAUUUAGAUACAGAUCAGAAUUCAGCCAUAGUGGUCAUGAAAGAGGAAAUGUGAGAGCUCCAAAGAGUUUGAUUGAAGAUGAAGCCGAACUCAGUGACUGGGUCAAUGAUUUGAGAACCAGUUCUUUCCGUCGUGAACAACUCGCUAGCGAAGACGAGUCAGAUUAUGGUAUAGCUCGUAAUAGAGGUAAGAGUGGCACAGAUAGGGAUAGGAAUUGGAACGGAGGUAGUAGUAGAGGAAGGGAAAGAGAUAGAGAGGACAGAGGUAGGAGUAGAGGAAGGGAAAGAGAUAGAGAGGACAGAGGUAGGAGUAUAGGAAGUGAAAGAGAUAGAGAGAGCUUUUCAAUGAAGAGAAGGAGAGAGGUUAUAUCAGAUGAGAAUGGCGAAUCAAGCAGUAGGAGAGCUCGUGGUCAUACUGAUUCAUUUUCGAGGAAUUCAUGGAUAGCUAAUAUUGGAUUUGUGGAUGGUGAUGAAGACAAAUUUAACUCGCCGAGAAAGAAAGUUGGGAAUAGAGAUUUAAUGAAUGGAAGGAGAGUAGUGACAGAGAUGGAUUCAGUGUUUAGGAGAGAUGGGAAGGGAUUAAGACAAAAAAGUGAUUUUGUUGAUAAUUUGGAAGAUGAGGACUAUAUUGAUGACAAAAAGUAUGAGAGUAAGGAGUUAAUGGGGCAUCUCAACGAUUUGGUUGAUGAGGAGGGGAGUGAUGAUACAAAUGAAGAUGUUCAUGACAAUGUGAUGUUAAAGAAAAAUGCAUCAUUUUCAUUUGGAAAGGAGGACAAUGGGCCCUCCUCAGCUGAAAACUUUGAUUCUUAUCUGAGCGAGUCUAGAUUUGAUCAAUGCUCGAUCUCUCCUUUAUCAUUAAAAGGAAUCAAGGAUGCAGGAUAUGAGAAAAUGACUGUAGUUCAGGAGGCCACUCUUCCAGAUAUACUAAAAGGCAAGGAUGUACUUGCUAAGGCUAAGACAGGCACUGGAAAAACUGUGGCAUUUUUGCUUCCAGCAAUUGAGGUUGUUGUAAAAUCUCCUCCUGUUGGUCGCGAUCAAAAACGACCCCCAAUUCUUGUGCUUGUUAUAUGCCCAACUCGAGAACUUGCAAAUCAAGCUGCUGCAGAAGCAAAGACCUUAUUGAAGUAUCACUCUUCUAUUGGUGUUCAAGUUGUUAUGGGAGGCACAAGGCUUGCCCUUGAACAGAAACAAAUGCAAGCAAACCCUUGCCAGAUUCUUGUUGCUACACCUGGGAGACUCAGAGACCACAUUGAGAAUACUGCUGGAUUUGCAACAAGGCUGAUGGGUGUGAAAGUCCUUGUACUUGACGAAGCUGAUCAUUUGCUAGACAUGGGAUUUCGUAAAGACAUUGAGAAAAUAAUCUCUGCUGUUCCAAAGCAACGUCAAACACUUUUGUUUUCAGCCACAAUUCCCGAAGAGGUUCGUCAAAUCUGUCACAUUGCUUUGAGAAGAGAUCAUGAAUUCGUAAAUACAGUUCAAGCAGGAACUGAGGAGACACAUUCACAGGUCAGACAGAUGCAUCUAGUUGCUCCAUUAGACAAGCAUUUUCCCAUAUUAUAUGUUCUUUUGAAGGAUCAUAUUGCAGAUAACAUUGAUUAUAAGGUUCUUGUAUUUUGUACAACUGCAAUGGUCACAAGAAUGGUUGCUGACCUUCUUGGUGAACUGAAGUUGAAUGUUAGAGAGAUCCAUUCCAGAAAGCCACAGAGCUACAGGACCAGGGUUUCUGAUGAAUUCCGGAAAUCCAAGGGCCUUAUUCUUGUGACUUCUGAUGUAUCUGCACGUGGAGUUGAUUAUCCUGAUGUUACCCUUGUCAUACAGGUGGGCUUGCCAGCUGAUAGAGAACAGUACAUACAUCGACUUGGUAGAACUGGUCGUAAAGGUAAAGAAGGGCAAGGCAUAUUGUUACUGGCACCUUGGGAGGAAUCAUUCUUGUCUACUAUCAAGGAUUUGCCAAUAACAAAAGGUUCAGUCCCUCUGGUGGACCCAGACACAGAGACAAAGGUAGAAAGGGCCAUGUCCCAUGUUGAGAUGAAGAAUAAAGAAACAGCAUACCAGGCCUGGUUAGGUUAUUACAAUUCCAGUAAGCUGGUGGGUAAGGACAAGUAUAGGCUUGUGGAGCUCGCUAACGAGUUUAGUCGAAGUAUGGGACUUGAUAACCCUCCUGCUAUCCCCAAGCUCGUCCUUGGCAAGAUGGGCCUCAGGAAUAUCCCUGGUUUGCGCUCAAAAUAGUUUUGGCAACUAAACAAAACUGAAUUCAUUGAGGUCAUGUUAAAGCACUUCAAAAAUCUAGGUAGAGGAUCUUUUUACAUCCAUUUGACAAUUGUAAGAUCUUUCUUUUUUAAUUUAAUGUAUUCGUGAAUUUGGUGACGA